GGGUGAGGGGAUCGGAGCGGCGCCGGGCGGGGUUGUGACUCCGGAGGGCGCAGGAUCCCAAGGAGACAGAGAGGACGAUAGCUGGAGGGGGAGCGGAGAGCGGAGAGCGGCCAGACCGCUGCAGGGGGCGGGGUGGGAGAGAGGGGCCAUACCUGCAGGUGAGCCUGGGGCGAGGGCAGGGUAUGGAACUAGCCUGGAGGGGGCCCGGGGACAGAAAUGGGUGAGGUCUGGUCAGCUGAUAAUAACCAGAGGUGUUAAGUGCCACAGCGGAAGAGGUGGGUGAGAAGGAAGGCUGGGUGGGGAGACAGGGUCUUAGACAGGGGUCCCCACACCCCACCCCGGGGUGGCCAGUAGGUGGGGGAUUGUUGAGCUGCGAUCCAGGUGGGGAACCGGUAGGGUGGGGGGCUCACUAGGCGAUGGGCAGGUGGGCUGAGGUGUGAGACGGGUGUAAAAAGUGAAGCAGGGGCCAGAUGGAGGCGAGGAUGAGUCUGGUUGGGGAGGCGUCUCAGGAGUGAGGCCAGACAGGCUGAGGGUGGUCCCCGAGUGGAAGGGACCCCAGGGAAGGGACCCUACAGCGAGGCCGGAGGCUGGUCAGGGGGCACCCCCAUGAGGGACGCCUCUCCCUGGUGGCCGCCGGAGCCAUGCUGUCCCGCAAGGGCAUCAUCCCUGAGGAGUACGUGCUGACCCGGCUGGCAGAGGACCCUGCCGAGCCCCGGUAUCGGGCCAGAGAGCGGAGGGCCCGCUUCGUGUCCAAGAAGGGCAACUGCAACGUGGCCCACAAGAACAUCCGGGAGCAGGGCCGCUUCCUGCAGGACGUGUUCACCACCCUCGUGGACCUCAAGUGGCCGCACACGCUGCUCAUCUUCACCAUGUCCUUCCUGUGCAGCUGGCUGCUCUUCGCCAUGGUCUGGUGGCUCAUCGCCUUCGCCCACGGGGACCUGGCUCCUGUUGACCUGGCCCCUGGAGAGGACGCCAUGGUGCCCUGCGUCACCAGCAUCCACUCUUUUUCCUCCGCCUUCCUUUUCUCCAUUGAGGUCCAGGUGACCAUUGGUUUCGGCGGGCGCAUGGUGACGGAGGAGUGCCCACUGGCCAUCCUGAUCCUCAUUGUGCAGAACAUCGUGGGGCUCAUGAUCAACGCCAUCAUGCUGGGCUGCAUCUUCAUGAAGACCGCCCAGGCCCACCGGCGAGCCGAGACCCUCAUCUUCAGCAAGCACGCGGUCAUCGCCUUGCGCCAAGGCCGCCUCUGCUUCAUGCUGCGCGUGGGCGACCUCCGCAAGAGCAUGAUCAUCAGCGCCACCAUCCACAUGCAGGUGGUGCGCAAGACCACCAGCCCUGAGGGCGAGGUGGUGCCCCUCCACCAGGUGGACAUCCCCAUGGAGAAUGGAGUGGGCGGCAACAGCAUCUUCCUGGUGGCUCCCCUCAUCAUCUACCACGUCAUUGACGCCAACAGCCCACUCUACGACCUGGCGCCCAGCGACCUGCACCACCAUCAGGACCUCGAGAUCAUUGUCAUCCUGGAAGGUGUGGUGGAAACCACGGGCAUCACCACCCAAGCCCGCACCUCCUACCUGGCCGAUGAGAUCCUGUGGGGUCAGCGCUUCGUGCCCAUUGUGUCUGAGGAGGAUGGCCGCUACGCCGUGGACUACUCCAAGUUUGGCAACACCAUCAAAGUGCCCACGCCACUCUGCACGGCCCGCCAGCUCGAUGAGGACCGCAGCCUCCUGGACGCUUUGACCCUCGCUACAGCCCGUGGGCCACUGCGGAAGCGCAGCGUGGCCAUUGCCAAGGCCAAGCCCAGGUUUAGCAUCUCGCCGGAUUCCCUGUCCUGAGCCAUGGUCCCUUGGGCUCUCGCCCCACAUGUGUGUGCACAUGAGCAGUGUGAUACGAUAUGUAGAGUGGACAUGGUGUGGGCCUGUUGGCCAGGUCAGGAUCUGGUGUGAGGCCGGGCCCUUCCCAGCUCAGCCUCCCCCCUGCUGCGCUCGCCCAGGGUGUUACAAGGCAUUGUCACUACCUAUUUCUGGUCUCAGUAGGAGCCUGUCCUGGGUUAUUUUUGUCCCUGCUCCUCCCAGCCCCAACUCAGGACUGGUUGGUGCCCCUUCCCGGACUCAAGGCUGGGGAAACUGUGGGAAGUGUCAGGCCCUAACGCUGGAUCUCCAGCUACUCCUGGAGCCCCAUGAUCAACCAGCCACAGCUGGGCAGAUGGCUGGGGAAGAACAGUUCCCAGGUUGGGGGCCUGCUGCUGUGUUUCUGUGGCCCCAAGAGGUGCCUGUGGUCAGGCCCCAGCCACCCUUGCUCCCUGAAAACGUGAUGAGCUAAAGAGUGGGCCAGCUGGGGAGGGCAGUCAGUGAGGGAGCUCAUUCCCGAAGGAAGAUUGGAGGUGUGGAGCCUGCACAGACAGGGGCAGGCUGAGGCUGACAGGGGGCAGGCUGAGGCUCACAGGACUCCCCUCCACGGGGCAGGCUCCUGCAGGGAGGAAAUGGCGUGAGAAGGCUCAGCUGCACUGAGACCUCUCAGGCACAGGGUGGGGGGAUGGGCACUGCUCCCCUACCCUUUGCCCCAACACCAGGGCUUCUAUGGUGAGGGCUCCGUGGGCUGGGGCUGCUGAGACUGCUUGUCCCAUUCUGUCCCCCACCCUCAGACGCUGGGGUGGGCUGGGGCAGACACUGGCAUGCCACGCAGAAAGAGGCUGAGGAGAAGGGGGUCUUGGACCCACCACACUCACUCAGCCUCAGACCAAACUCUGGUCCUGGCUCCCCACCAGGGGCUGCCACUGACUUUGUCCAGAGAGUGACCAUGGAGGGUCUAGGGGUUGCUAGAAAAGGAGAUGCUGGAAAGCUCAGGAUGGUGGGGGUGAGCAAGGUCCCUGCGGUGAAGGGGCCCUUGGCCCUGAUGGGCUUGGCCCCAGGCCUGGACUCUUGGAGCAGUGUUGUGUGUACUCACCCAUAAUUCUGCCUUCUCCUUGUCAAUAAAGCCUCCCGCCUUCAUGACUCUAA